UAGGAGUGCUAAAGCUAAAAGAUGCUGUUGGGGUUGAAAUGAAAGAUGAUGCCAAAUGACAUUUGGCAUCGAAAAACGACGAUUUAUAGCGACACGGACUCUAUAGUAAGAGAGGAAAGAGCAAGAAGAAGGCUCCUACGAAUCCAACAGGUCCGAUUGCAGUCAAAAGAAAUUGCUAAUAGAGUUAUUGAAAAAUCAAAACAAUUGCAAAAGUACGAGGAAAAGAAGGAGAGGGAAAAGAAGGAAAACGUUUUAAGAGAGUGGAAGAAAUGCCGGCUAGACGAGUUGAAAAAUGAGCUAAACCACGGUAUAUCAACACUUGGGGAGAGCUACAAAGCUGUCGACCAAGACUUAGCAUACCUGAAAGAAAAACAAGAGAAAGAGGAAAUCAACAAGCAGACAGCAAAAGAGCGAGGUGUCAUUGCAUUUCAAGUUGAGUUGGCAGAAAAAGAAGUAGUUGAACAAAAGAAAGAAAAAUCUCGCACAAAGAGAGAACACUUGAGAUUCGUGGAAAACGAGAGGGCUAAAUCAGUGGCAAGCCUUCCUCCGAUAAUAAAAGCAGUUCCUGAGGUCGCUCCUUGUAAAACUGAGGGAACAAAAAUUGAGGUGAUUGACUUCAGUGUUCCUCGGAGCCAACGAACUGUUCAAUUCAAGACAGUUCCUGAUGAUGUUGUCCAGAAGGUUAGCCCUGAAACUCACAAAAUAAAUGCUGCUGAAGAAGCCGUCCAAGAACUAAAGGCCAAGGAGAGCAAGUCAAAGAAAGCGCAGUCGACCGUAAACCUUGCUAAAUGGCUUGGAAACGCUGCCAAUGCAAGGAAAGCUCUUGAAAAGGACUACAAGUCCCUUUUCAGUCAGCUAAAAGAUUUGGAGAAAGAGGAAAUUGCAUGCAGACCUAUUGAAGCUUUGUCUGUUGAUGAUAUUAACGAUUUGGAGAAGAGAUACUUCAAACAAAAAAAGGCUCUAAAAGCAAGUCAGAUCAUCUCCAAGAUGUCGGAGGACCAAAACAGGCCUCCUUCGCCUCAGGCAAUGGAUUUCACCGAUUUCCCAGGCACGCACUUUACUGCCGAAGAAGCUGGCGCUCUUGGUCCAAAUGCACACAGUUUGCAAACGCUGUUAGAUAAUUUGGCGGGCGAGAGCAGGAGACGCCUGCAGGAAGUGGUCGGUGAAGACUACUACUACUGCAGCGACGAUGACUUUGCCACCCCGCCCCAUUCACCAGUCAACGUUUGCGUUGAGUCCACCUCCACAGUCCAAGUGUCAGGCGCUGCUUCAGUCACCUCAGAAGUCAGCGUUUCUGUCAGGAGCGGCGGGAAGCACAAGAAAAAGAAGAAGAAGAAGGGCAAAAAGCGGAGGGAAGCUUUUGAGGAGAAGCCGCAACAAAGCUUCCUCUCGACAAACAGCACCCAGUACAUGAGUCCGCCUGAGCGUCUACAAGAAGACAACAUUGCAGGCUACUUGGCUAACAUUGAGCACGAGAAGGAGCAGUUAAAGAGGGAGCUCAAUUCCAAGAAAAGUGCAAUUGUAGAUACAACCCUCUUUGUCACGAAACUUCUGGAUAUGACCAGGGAGAGUGUGGGAAACCUUCCUGUCAGUGCGGAGUCCUCAAUGGAGCAGCCAAUGGAAGUGCCUAGCAAGAAAAAGAAGUCUUCCAGUUGCAGCAGCAGCAGCUACUACUCAACUCUUUCAGACACCAGAGAUGGAAUUGCAAAUGGGCAGUCGAGCAGGUCUGAAGAAAUUUCAACCUAUAAGGAGGCCUCAACAGCGUACCUGUCUCUCAACCUCCUGGAAAACAAAGACCCUCUUGAGACCAAUGUCGAGCCAAACCCCGGCGCCAGUGACAUACUCACAUUGAUCAAUGCGCCAGCUGAGCCACUUGUGAGGCCUAUGGAGAACCUCAGGCUGUCGACUAUUAUUGAGGCGGACUCAUCAGUGGCCAGUUCGAAGAAUGCCAACGAAAGCCAAACUCUUGAUAUUGAAUCAGAACUCAUCAAGCGUGGAUUGCCUCUUCCACCUACAGCCUCUGCCGCUCAGGAAGGUCUUCAAGCUGGCCCAGAUUACCUGAGGCGCAUGCGGCAGUUACCUCACUUUUCUGACUCGUCUUCAAGUGCAGAGAACCAGCUUGGCAAUGUGUUCCACUCAACUCCUGUGGAUGUAACCACUGAGUCCAGUGGCAGACAGUUCAGCAAGGAAAACCUUGGUGUGUCUCCGAUACCGCCGUCCAGCGAGUGA